CACAAGCAGGGCGAGGGGCAGAGAGAGAUGGAGAAGCAGACUGUCCAUGGAGCAGGAAACCCAACAGUGGGGAUCUCCCCAAGAAGUAGAGAAAAUCAUCCAAAUCCAGAAGAGCCAGAAGAAGAUAAUGAAGAUGUUGAAGUUGAAAGAGUGAACACAACAAAUGCAUUCACUACUCUGAACCUGAAUGAGAAACCAUUCAUAAUGGCAAGCUGUUUACACAAAGAACAUACACGGAAUAAAGAAAGUUGCUUUUCAAUAAUAAAGAAGAAAAUAGCCAUAAGAAAUGUCUACUUCUGUAUUAAAAAAGGUGAAGUUUUGGGAUUUCUGGGACACAAUGGAGCUGGUAAAAGUACUUAAAUUGAAAUGGUAACAGGAGACACAAAGCCAGCUGCAGGAGUGGUACGUGAAGAAACCAAGCUCAUUGCCAGGGGAAAUUUCACUUUAAAUAUCAAUACCAUCCUUAUAUUUUUCUACCAGUAAAUCAAAUGAUUUUUUAAGAAAACAAAUAAAUAAAUGAAAAGUAUUAUGAAAUAUCUCUGCAUGCUCAAAAAAUAGUGAUGCAUAAUGGCUUUUUUUU